CCCUCUUUUCUUUCCUGGCCGCCGCCACCCUUCUUCCUCUCCCACGAGCUCCCACUGCUUCCUCCCUGUCUGUUCUUUGCCCUUCCACCCGAAGCCACCUCCUUCUGCUCUCGCUCCGGCGAGCUCGCCAAGCUAGCGCUGUCGCCUCCCUCGCUCGAGAUCCACCUCCAGGAACCCCCUCAGCACCCUCCCGCAGCCCGAACCGCCCCGCCUGCGGUGGUCUUCCAUGACUCCGGCCGUGCGCCGCCCAUCGCCGAUCCGCGCGACCACGCCCUCCCGCGCCUCGUCGGCAUGUCCGUUAGCACCGCGCCGACCUCAUGAAGCCCCUGCUGCCCUCGCCCGAAGCCCCGCGUCUCGGAGCGCUUCCGCAUCGACCUCGUCUCCAACCACCGCCGCCUCGCCGUUGUUGGGUGUCUCCAGCGCAGGAUUCGACCCGCCGCCGCCAAUCGACUCCCCGUGCUGGCACGCACGUGGAUAGCCUCUCGGAGUGCCACCUCAACCAUCGGAGAUCCCGCGCGCCCGUCGUCUUCCCCAACUCCGUCGCCGUCGCCGUCGCCGUUGCUCUCCCCCGCCGGACUGCUCCUCCAGCCCCAGGCCCAAAUCGGCCGACACCCAGCCCAGCAAGGCCCGGACUCAGCCCGCAAGCCCAAGUCCAUCAGAAGCUAAGCUCAUAGCCCUUGCUCCUUUUCUUUUUCCUGAAGUUGUUGCCUGACGUGUGGGCCCUGUUGGUCAGCGCCUCCGUGUGCUCGCUGCUAUUGCUUUUGUCCGCUGCUGUGCCGUUUGCCGCUGCUCCGCGAGUGCUUCGUUGCGCCGCUGCCCAAGACCUUGUUGCGCGCCGCGAUGACCGACGAACCACGGAGCCAGAGCCACGAACGACUACAACCACGACGAUUGAACGACUACUUCGCCUACGACGGCUACAUCGUGUGUGACUACUUUGGCUACGUCGGCUACUUCCUCUACAUCGUGACGCCGCAACGAGUCCAAGUCUCCGGUUCCUACGACGACGACUACACUUGUGUUCUUCUUUCAGGAUUCUUGCUCAAUUCCGGGCAAUUGAGUACUCCAGGGACGAGCAUGGAGCACUUACGCCUGGUGAGACGAAGGAUGGAAAGCUAUGUAUCGUUUGUGCUGUUGGACUCACGCUUGUUAUUUGGUCCUGGAGAGCUGAUGAUGCCGGUGUCGAGAGAUGGAUGCUAGAGAAGACAUUUCAUUUGUUGCAGGUGAUUGAUGUGCUCACUCGUUCGGUGGAGCAUAUUGCGCUGAAGAUUUUGGUGAUUCUUGAUGGCCUUGUGUACUUUUCUGCUUACUAUGAGUCGGAUCCUAAUUUAUCUGGCUGGUUCCUAUCCUUCUGCCUAGAAACAUCAAAUCUGAAUAAGCUCGGUUGUGUCCUUCACUUUGACAAUUUAUAUCCCUACAUCAUGGCGUGGCCUCUAUUUAUAUAUCAUGGAAAGCUGAUUGAUAGUA